CACCUGAUUAAGUACAUUUAGAUAGACGUUCUAAUUUGAUUACAGUCUAGGUUCCUCAGAUCCUAUAACAUUUAAAAUUGCAUCAAUGCAGUUGCUUGUUGGGUGCACAGAAGGGGGCCACUAGUCACCAGCAACCUUUCAUGGACAUUUUUUCAUUAUCUGAUGCUGCAAGGCGUGACUGAUCUCUGUUCAUGUGAUAGAGAAGGGGAGGCGAUUUUCUAAAAGAGUUUUCAGGGAUCCCGAUUCCAUUACUUGAGAGUCUGACUACCCAGAAGGAGUUUGCAGAUAGUGUUUGUUAUUGUUGGGUUUGUUUUUGUUUUGUUUUGUUUUGUUUUUUUCCAACGGGAGGAAAAAUACGGUGUUUGAGCUAUGGGAACGGCAACAUCUGCAGAGCGGUCUGAAGAGAGUCAAAAAGAGCAGAUUGAAGCGGUGAAUGACGAGAUUCAAGGAGAGGAUGCUGAUGCCAAGCUUUUACAGAAAAACGGCCAGAUUUCCAGUCUGCAUGAGAAACCGGAAGACCAGGUGGAACUCAAUGGAAAGACAGAACAGAUAAAUGGACAGAAGGAGGAGCAGGCCCCUGGAGAUGUUGGGCAAAGCGACACAGCUGCUGUGUCCCAGAAAGAGGAAGCGUCUGAGAAGAUGGAAACAGUACGUGAAGAAGUCAUGUCUCAGGUGAACGGGGAGAAGGAAAAAGAAAAGGAAUCACCGGCUGAGAAUAACGAGUCUCCAACUGAGGAAAAGACAGAGAAGGAGAAGCCCAGUGAGCCUGAGACAAACGAAGUGGGAUUUAAAAAGGUCUUCAAAUUUGUAGGCUUUAAAUUUACAUUAAAGAAAGAUAAGAAUGAAAAGACUGAGCCUGUCCAACUGCUGACUGUAAAAAAUGAGGACGGUGAAGCGAGCAGCUCAGAAGUCAUUGAGGAAUCAAAGGCAGAGGCUGUGACAGAGGAAACCAAACCAUCUGAGGAAGGAGGUGCAACCGAAGAGAAAUAUGUGGCUGAAACUACAACUAAGACUGUUGCUGUUGAGGUUCCUUCAGAAAAGAUCAAUGUGGAAACCAGUGAAAAGCCAGAAGCAGCAGUAGAGGCAGCAGGGGCAGUAGAAACAGUUAAAGAACCAGAGAAACCAACAGAGUCUCCAACCAGCCCUACACUACAGGAGACACAAUCCCCUCUUAAGAGGUUUUUCUCUCAAGGGUUGUUUUCCAGCUUGAGAAAAAAGACCAGUUUUAAAAAGCCUAAAGAAGAAGAACAGCCAGCUGUUGAAAAGACUGAAGCUGUGGCUGAGGGAGAAACAAAGGAACCAGAGGUAAAAGAGGAGACGGCUCCAACAGAGGUUGAGAAAGAAAUAGAAGAGGCAGUCACAGUACCUAAGCCAGAACAGCCUGCAACACAAGAAGUCACUGAAGCAACAAAUGAAGUAUCAGAACCCACAGAGAAAGAACCAGAAGGAGCAGCAGAGCAGAACACAGAGGGUGUGGAUGCUGUUCCUGAGAUUGUGGAGGAAAAGUUGGCAGACCUGCAAAGCUGUGUUCCAGAAAAUAAAACAGAAGCAGAGGUUCCAGAGGUGAAAAGUGAAGCAGAGCAAGACAAAGUAAUGAAAGAGGAGGUUCAGCAGGAUGAACCUGCAGAUGAAUACAAACCCACAACAGAAACAGUGCAAGAUGCUGUAGAACAAACAAUUCAAGAGGACUCGUCCACAACCAAACUGCCACAAAGUGUCACAACUGAGGCUGAACUGUUGUCUUCGCAGGAAAAAGCCAAGUUACAAGGAAGCCCCCUUAAAAAGCUGUUUAAUGGGACUGGCUUGAAAAAACUGUCUGGAAAGAAACACAGAGGCAAGAAAGAGGAAGAAUCAAAGCUUACUGAAUCAUGUGAAAAUGGGACUGAGCAGCUGCAAUCUUCCACUGAAUCUGCAGAAGGACAAAAAGUAGAGAGCUUACCCUCUUCACCUAAAGAAUCUGCUGAGAAUGUUGUUGCAGAAGUAUCCCAGCUAGAGACCACUGGUCUCGAAACAGAAGGGGAUGGGGCUACUUCUGAUGGAGAGAGGAAAAAGGAUGGCAUUACACCCUGGGCUUCAUUCAAAAAGAUGGUCACGCCAAAGAAGCGAGUCAAAAGACUUUCUGAGAGUGACAAAGAAGACGAGUCAACUGAAAAGCCUAAAAGCGCAACUAUGUCUUCAACAGAGAGUUCAACAUCGGCUGAGAAACAGGAAGUGCCAAAAGCCAAUGAGGAGGAACUGAAUUUUGAACAGAGCACUGAAGAGCCCAAAAAGAAAGUUGACUCGUCUGUGUCCUGGGAAGCUCUGAUUUGUGUAGGGUCGUCCAAAAAGCGGACAAGGAAGACAUCAGACUCAGAUGAUGAAUCUCCAAAGUUAACACCGGAAGUGGAGAAAUCAGUUGAGGAAUCUGAAAAAAGUAAGGAUGCAAAAGCAGAAUCUCCAAUAACAAGCUCUCAAGAAGCAGGCCAUGAGCAAGCAUGUUCAUCGCCAGAGCAAGCUGGAAGUCCCUCUGAUGGAGAAGGGGUGUCUACUUGGGAAUCAUUUAAGAGGCUAGUUACCCCGAGAAGAAAGUCCAAGAUGGAAGACAAACCAGAAGAAUCAGUUGCAACUCCUGCUACUGAACAAGUUCCUUCAGAUGGCGAAGCUGGAAAAGAGGAAUCCUCAUUUUCUUUAAAGAAACUAAUCCCAGGCCGCAAAAAGAAGAAGUCUGAUGCCAAGCAAGAGCAUACCCCACUAGAGGAAGCCAGAAAAGAGGCUGUGGAAAAAGACACUGGUGAAGAGGACUCCGAUACUCCAGCUGUUGUUCCCUUGUCAGAAUAUGAUACUGCAGAGCCAGAACAAGUUGAGGUUGUGCUGAAAGAGGAGACUACAGCAGAAGUAAAGCAAUUAUCAGAAGCUCAGAUUAUAACUGAAGAGGCUAAACCAGCAGCUGAUGCGAUCAUCCAAGAGGCACAAGCAGUAUCUGAGGAAGGAAAACCUGUUGCUGAGAAAAUUGAAACAGUUGAAGAAAGAUCAGCAUCCUGGAUAGCAGCAAUAGUUACUGAAAAAAUAGUUGCACAGAGAAUUGAAAGUAUAAGCACACACGAGCAGCUCAGUGACAUAGCUGAAGUGCUGGUGGAAGACACUGUCUCAGCUGCGGAAGUGUCAGCUCAGGUCAUUCAGGAUGACACUAUUGCUGAAGAUAUAGUAGAGCUGACCUCAGAGGCAGUGACAGUAUUCGAACAGGUGCACGAAGAAUCCUUUGCUGAGGAGACAACUGAAAUGGUGUCAGCAGUUUCCCAGCUAAAUGAGUCUGCGGCAACAUCAGGAAAUACCACACCUGUACUGGUUACCGAAGAACAUGAAGUUAAAAAAAAAGAGGAUAUAUUGCUGGAAGUUGUUGAAAGGGUGAAGUUGACUCCAGUUGCCUUUUCUGUCACUGAGGCAGCUACAACAACAGAAGAGGCUGCUGUAGCAACAGCAGUGCAGCUGGUGGAGUCGGCUGCAAAAACAGAUGUGAAAGUUGAUGUGGAACAGAAAGAAGCAGAAGCAGUUGCAUAUUGCACAGGCCUGUCCACACAAGAAUUGGAAGCAGUUGAGAAAAGUCUUCCAAAAACCACAGUGGAGGUAAUUACUGUCAUAGAGGCAAUCUCCACAGAAGUAAUUGCUGAAGAGAAGCCUGAAUCAUUGCCACUACAAGCAACUGAAAUUUCUAUUAAACAGGAGGUAGCAGAGCAAGUCAAGACUGAGGUAGCAGAGGCAGUUAAGGAGAUUGAAACAAAAGUUGAAGUGGCUGAGAUGAAAGGAGAGCCAGAAUCUCAAAUAACCAAAGCAGUAGAACAGAUCUUUGAGACAUCAGAGGCGCCCCUUGUAGAAAAAGUAGUGGAUGAAGCCUCACAAAUUGUGGAAACAGAGAUAAAGAAAGAUAUUGAAUCAGUGCAAGACAAAGCUGAAUCAGAACCUGAAGCAACCAGUGUUGUUCUGAAAGAAGCUAUUGGAGGACAAAAACAAGCAGAGAUCCCAGAACCAGAAACUGAACCAUCUGAGGAGAUAACAGAACUUAAUUUAGUACAACAAGUGGAGCUUAAUGGAGUGCAAGCUGAACUUGAACAACCGAUUCUAGCAAAUACAUCAUUUCUGGAAGCAGAAGCUCCAGCUGAACACACAGUCGAGGAGCUUAUUUGCACCCACCAUGUAGAAGUAACUGAAAAGCCAGCCAUUGAAGAACAAUUACAUGAACUUGCAAGUGUUCAAGAGGUUGUUGAUGUCCACCAGGCUCCAGCUGAAGAAGUCAUCCAUUCUGUGCCACAGGAAGUAACCUCAAUGACUGAAGCUCCUGCAAGUGAGUUUUUAGAAGCCCAGGAAGCUCAAGUUGCUGUAACAGCAGCUGUAGUUGAAGAGCAUCUUGUUAAAGAAACUGUCAGCAUUAUUGAGCCAUCAUCAGAAACUGUAAAGCCGGAUAUGAUAAAGGUGACCACAGACUUAGGAAAGGCUCUGUCAGUAAAGUUUAAAGAUGAGCUUGAAAGCACAACUAUGGUUGAACACACAGUAGCUGAGACUGCAGCUGCAAUCAUUGAAGCUGCAAUUGAAGCUGCUACCAGUGGAGUGACUGAUGAAAAUGUGAUUCAAGAACAUUUUGAAACAUUGGAUACUAAAACUCAAGCAGUAGAGAAAGAAGAUGCCAUUCAGACAGAAGCCAUUGAAAAACAGAGCUCAGUGAUUGUUCAGGAAAUUAUCCAGAAUAUUUUUGAAAAUGUUUCAGAGAAGGCAAGUGAAUCCAUUGAGAUUGCUGUCCCAGGAGUACCGGAUGCUCCUGAAAUACAGCUAGCAGUUCCAGAAAUUGCAUUAUCUGACCCUGAGAUUCAGACAUCUGAACCACAGCUUGAAGAGGAAAUAAUUUCCACAACAUGUGUGGAAAACACUGAGACACAACCCACAGUAAUAGAGGAAGCUGAAAAGGUCACAGAAGACCAUGAUGCUUUGGUGGAAAAAAAUGCUGAACCUAUUUCUUCAACAGACGUAACAGAAACAGUAUUACCUGAGCAGAUGGAAACAAAGGAAGAAGAAACAACUGAGCAUGUAGAAGCAACUUGCAUGGUCACACAUUGUCCAGCAUUGUUAGAGGCACACACAGAGGAUGAAGUCCAGGACAAGACUGAGAACAGUGCAGGGCUGGAAGAAGUACAAGUCCCAACUGUGUUUGAAGAAGAGUGCCAGGCAGUUACUGAAGAAGCUCUGAGCCAGACAGGCAAGGAGGUAGAAAGCCUUCCAGUUAAAGAAGUAAAGAUCCAAGAAGUGGUAGAGGAAAUUGAAAGCAAAUUAGUGACUAAAGAAGUUCAGGAAAUAAAGAGGCAGGAGGUGGAAAAGAAACAUAAGAGCCAGGAAGACAAAGUCAAAGAUAAUGAAGACGGUAUAAACAGCCAAGAGACAGACGAAGUGAUCAAAAGUCAAGAAGUGGAGGACGUGAAGAGCCAAGAAGUGGUGGCUGAAGUUGAGAGCCAACUGAAUGAGGAAGAAACACAGGAAGUUGUAGAAGAAGUAAUGGUCCAGACAGUUAUUGAAGUAAAGAUUCAGGCAGUGGGAGAAGGUGCUGAGAGUCAGGAAGUGGAGGUUCAGCACCAACUACCAGUGGUAGAAGAUCUCUUAAGUGAAACUACAGCUGUAGAAAUUCUACUAACAAAAACUGAGGAGGAGGAGGAUGCAAAUAAACAGGAAACCAUGGAAGAGGAGGUACCAAGUGAGCUAAUAGUGGCAGAUGAUGUAUCAAGCGAAACACCAGUGGUAAAAGAGGAAGUGAGUCAGGAGCCUGUUGUAGAAGUACAGAGUCAAGAACCAAUGGUUGAAGAUAAAGAAUGCGAGACACAAGUGGUGACAGAGACACCAAGGGAAACACUAGUGGCAAAAGAGAGAGAGCACCAAGAACCAGUUAAAGAAGAUAUACACAGUCAAGAAACAACAGUGGUAGAAGAUGUACCAAGUGAAAUAUUAGUUAAAGAAGAUGUACACAGUCAAGAAACAGCAGUGGAAGAGGUACAAAGCAAGACAACAGUGGUAGAAGAUGUAACAAGUGAAAUAUUAGUUAAAGAAGGUGUACACAGUCAAGAAACAGCAGUGGAAGAGGUACAAAGCAAGACAACACUGGUAGAAGAUGUACCAAGUGAAAAAUUAGUUAAAGAAGAUGUACACAGUCAAGAAACAGCAGUGGAAGAGGUACAAAGCAAGACAACAGUGGUAGAAGAUGUACCGAGUGAAAUAUUAGUUAAAGAAGGUGUACACAGUCAAGAAACAGCAGUGGAAGAGGUACAAAGCAAGACAACAGUGGUAGAAGAUGUACAGAGUGAAAUAUUAGUUAAAGAAGGUGUACACAGUCAAGAAACAGCAGUGGAAGAGGUACAAAGCAAGACAACAGUGGUAAAAGAUGUAACAAGUGAAAUAUUAGUUAAAGAAGGUGUACACAGUCAAGAAACAGCAGUGGAAGAGGUACAAAGCAAGACAACAGUGGUAGAAGAUGUACCAAGUGAAAUAUUAGUUAAAGAAGAUACCUUAAGCUUGGAACCAGUUGCAGAAGUAAAGAGCCAAGUAGUGGUAGGAGAAACAGUAGUGCCAGUAGAUGCUACAAGUGUAACAGGAAUAGUGGAAGAUGUCACAGUUGAAACAGUUGUUGUAGAAAAAGCACCAGUGGAAUCAGUUCUGCAAAGCGAGAUACCAGUGGUAGUUCUGCAGAGCCAAAAAGAAGUGAAGGAAGAUGUGCUAAGCCAGGAAGUAUUGAUAGAAAACACACUUUGCCAGGAAUCAGUGGCAAAAGAUGUCAAGGAAGUUACAGAAAGCCAGACAUUAGUUGUGGAAGAACAAGCAACAGAGGAAGUGGAAUGCCAAACAGUGACAGAGGUCAAGGAAGAAGAACAAGACCCGACAGUGGCUGAAGAUGAUGUACAAAGACACACACCUGGCACAGAAGUGCCUGAUCAGAGCAAAGAAUCUGUUUUAGAAGAUCUUGAAAGCAAGACACCAGUAGAUGACAAAAUAGAAAGUGAGACACCAGAGAUCAAAAAAGAAGAUCAGAUAGUGGGAAAAGAAGAAGAAAGCCAAGAAGCAGUGAGUGAAGAGUUGCACAGCCAGGGCCUUUCAGAACAAACUGCAACAUCUUGAGGCACAAGCUGGUCUAUGAAGUAAGCAGAUACUAUCUGUGGAAUCCACAAUCUGAAAGCAGGAAAAGAAAACUCCUGAAUGCACACAGGAAGAGCUCUCAUAACGUGCGAGUGCACGAGGGAUGUGACGUACCUACUUAACUACCUACUUACCUGCAGCAUCAUUUCUGUCAGAAAGACAACCCUGGGACACAACCGGGAGCUUUAUCCACCAUUCUUCACAGCUGUGACCUAACAAGUUUCAAUGCUUUUAGUCUGAUGAGCUUGUAAUUAAUGUGAUGUCUGUUUGCUGACCUUCUGCUCCUCCAUUAGUAUAACCUGGAAGGGACUGUGGCAGACUUGUACGGUCCUUUGUUUUAGAAAGUACUCAGUGUGUAUUUCCUUGUAUAUUGUAUGUAUCUAAAAUGAGUCCUUUUUGUAUUUAUAUUAAUUUUGUGCAAGCAUAAAGAUACAGGGAUGCUCUUUAUCCCUGUCUUUGGUGUAUGCUGUUAUUUCAGGCUUUAUUGUAUUACAUGAACAUGGUACUAGUGCCCUGUUAAAGGCCAGUUUCGAGUAACUGUAAAGCUUCUAUGUUUGGUAACAGACAACUAAUUGUUUUUUUUUCAUACAAACACACAGUUGCCAUCAAGUGGUCAUCUGAUUUUGUGAAUCCACUUUUCAGUUUUGACAGCCUGGGGACAACAAAUUAAUUUUUAUUUUGCGUAGAUGAAACUUUACACUAAUUCUGUGAGUCCAUCGGUAAUUUUUCUAAUUAAAAGUUGUUUUUUUGUCAACAGUUGGUUACUCCCUGGCACUGUGAGCUGGCUUUUUAAAUGACAUGGUGAUCCCCGCAUAUUCUACAUUUUAACUAAUGUACCUCCUCUGCAAAGAAUAAAAAUGAUUUAAAAAGUGUUCUAUGCUCACGUAAUUCUAAAAAUGGGCCUGUCUGAAAUAUUAAACUGUAAGUGUUCAACCAUUGCUUUUGAAUUGCUAUGAUGACGCCUGCUAUUCCACAUACAGAUUCAAUAUGCGGCAUGAAAAACAAGUAUGUAGAGAUAUAUUAACCCUUUCAUAGAUGAAAAUGACCCUGCCUUACUGAAACAAUUACACAGUGAAUUGGACCAAAAUCUAUUGCAUACAGUAAAAUACAGCAUCAAUACACAGGGUCAAUGUCUUAGGUUACCAGCCCAGGAGUGCAGGAUUCUACUUAAAAACAGGUCUGUGCUUCAUGCAGGUGGAACAUUUUCCUUUAACUGGGCCCAAUGAGCAUGGUGCUCAACAAGAACACUGUGCAAUGGAAACGUAGCUGAAUAAAGGAUGGGAAGCAGAGCUGUUUAAUUUGCAGGACCUCUGUGACACUUCAAAACCCAUCUUCAGUAUUUACAUUAAGUUAUUUAUAACUGGGAUGCACUGUUUAAAGAUGGCAGCUCCAUUCUCUAACGUUGGCUUACAGGAGACAUUUGAACAACCACUAACAACUCUAGAGAUUUAGGCUGCUUGCAUUAGUUCCCUUGUGCUUUUUAUAUCAUAACCUGAAUGUGAACUUGGUAUCAGCUAUACAAAUUGUAUACCUACAGUAUGUGCCUUAAAUCAAGUUGUAAUAAUACAUAACACAUAUCUUCCAAAAAUAGAAAUAAACUUAUAAUAACCGUAGCAUGGAUUUGAUUCUAUCUUGUAGGUUCUGAGCUAUUGAUAAUAGAAAACAAAUUCUUGUCUAAAUUUUGUUUAAAUUAAACUAGCUUUACAAAACUUGCCUGCUGUGCUAACUAAUUUGUGGUGCAUUGAAAAACAUGAUAUAACAACACUUAAUCAGUGUAAUAAUAACCUAAAGAAAUACACUACUGCUAAAUAAAUAAAUAAAAGGUGGCUCACCCACAGUGCUAGCAAUCCCUUAAACCACAGGUCAGGUAACAUCAAAUUAUUUUAGCUGUUAAAAUCUGAUAUCCUUUUCCAAUCCUCGGUUCACUCAGUGUGCGGAUAAGCCUCCCUUUAACAUAUAUUUAACACAUAGCAGAGCAACAGAGUUGCUGUACAAUGCUGGAAAUUCAAGAAGUAAAUGACUACAUAUGUACUGGGCAGCUACUGUGCACGCAGCAGGGAUAUAAAAUACCCCAUGCAAGAAGAUAGAUUAUUUUAAAGCAUUUCUUGAACCAGCUUAACCAGAUCCUCAACCAACAUCAAAGUCCUAAAGCAGCAUAACCAUCUGGAAACCAGAAAGCCUCAAACAACUAGAUGCUAUACCAGUGGCCAUUGCCAGGUUUUUCCUCUGACUAUACUUCCAUGGGAAACCAUGGUUAGAAUAUUAUUUUUGUAUUACUAUAUUUUGAAAAUUGCUUCAGACGCUUGAAGCCCAUUCUACUGUUGCCUUUUCUAAAAAAUAAAUCAGAAACCCUUGCAAUGAGUACUGCAUUUCUGUUAUAGACAAACACAGAGGUUCAAAUUAGUGACUAUUUCAUAUCACUGCAAAACUUAUAGAACUCUCGUAAACAGAUUGGGCCUUUGUUUUGAAACAAGUGUGACACUUUUUUUUUCAGAGUGGGAUUAAACUAUUUAAAGAGAUGAACCAUGAAAGAAGCACUGAAAAGUCUGUAGUUUGUUAUCUCCCCCUGGUGGUGUAAUGACUGCUUUACUUGUCAAAGACGUCUCAUAAUUAAAUGUUUGGUUCUGUGUUCUGUCGCCAACCCACGUCUUUUAUAUCACCAAUCCAGAAACGCAUGUGAGGCUGUCACCGUUCAACUAUGUUGGUUCCAUUUACUUUACAUUGCUGUACUAUACAAUGAUACAUGACAGAGAAGGUAGAGUCAACAGAAUUAAAGCUUAUCUGGUUCUAAAGAAGAUAAAAGACAAUUUGGUAGUACCAUAUUCCUAUAGCAGCAUAGUGUAGACAUAAGUUUAUUAAACAUCUUUUGGAACAUGAAUAAACGUAAAAUCUGCAAUGUUUUGCUGUAGUGAAUGCAAAUACAUGUCAUAGAGUAAUAGUUCAUUUUUAUGUUUAUCUAUUUUUACAAAACAUUCAAUAAACAUGUUGUUCAUGUUAAUCUAA